GUAAAACACGGUAAAGCAGCAGCUCGACACGGUUGUUAUGGGUUUGCAAGCCGCCUCGACGCUCUUUUUUUUUUUUUUUACUUCAUGACAUUUUUAAGAUGGACGUAAGAUAAUAAACAGAAAACUUUAUCCUACACAUUCAAUAUAUUGUUUAUUCAAGACCCCUAACGUAACUUGCAUUCCGUGAUCUAAACAUUACCUGGCUUUUUCCAUCAUGUUUGUUUCAUCGCUGAAACUCGUCUCCACUUGUUAUUUAUGAAAUGAGUGAUAGCUCCGGGAUAGGACUCAUCUGCUGGUUACAGUUUCCACCAGUUAAACGAGUUCAAACUGCUCGACUGGUUUCACCUACCAUACUUACGUGGCUUCAAGAAUUCACUCCCACUUCAAAGUCAACUCUGGAAAUCUGAGCCCUGGGUGGAUUGUUUUUUUUUUGGUUUUUUUUUUCCCCCAUAGUUCACUUCCUCCUUUAAUACUGAAGCAUUACAGACUGAGUGCUACUGUAUCAACAAGCGUGGUAUGUCCCCGAGCAAGGAGUCGAAAAAGGGGGAGUAGUACGCAGUAAAAGUUUUGCAAGUUUUAAUUCGGGUCAUUAUGAGUGACUUGAAUGUAAAUGGGGCUCUGACUCGCAGAAGAGGGGCGACUCUGCGAGCUGCGACGGUGCGGGCGGCGAACGGGGAUUCUGCAACGGGGACGGCGAGCUUAGUGGACGGCGACGUCAGCCUCCACGAUGGACAGAGGACACGGGAGAGUUUCCUGGAGCUGGCCGCUGCAAAGAGCGAGAAAAAGAAACGCAGGGGUGAAGUCGGUGACCGACUGAGCUGUCACAAGGCACAGGAGUCUCUUUUGAGUUCUGCCAGCGGUUAUAGGAACUACAGAGGAGUAAUCAACUGGUGUGUGGUGAUGCUGGUCCUGAGUAAUGCUCGUCUCUUUUUAGAAAACAUUUUAAAGUAUGGUAUUCUUGUCGACCCCAUUCAAGUCAUUUCCUUGUUUCUGAAUGACCCCUACAGCUGGCCUGCAGCGUGCUUGUUGAUUGUGUCUAAUGUGUUCAUUCUUGUGGCUCUCUACACUGAAAGGCAGCUGUCGAAGGGUUCAUUGAGUGAAUUUGCUGGAUUUCUGGUCUACUGCAUUAAUUUAUCAGUCCUGCUAACAUUUCCUGCUGCUGUGGUGCUGUGGGUUCCCUCUAUGACGUCAGUUGGUGGUGCGAUUGCACUCGGCUUUUACACAAUCCUCUUCCUGAAGCUGUAUUCGUAUGAGGAUGUGAACCGGUGGUGCAGGGAGCAGAGCACCGCCAAGGCCAAGAAACUGUCCAGGUCACUGUCUUGUCCUUCAUCGCAGCAAUUUAAAGGAGGUGAACAGAAAGUGUGUUACCCUGGCAACCUUACAAUCAAAGAUAUGUACUACUUUGUCCUUGCUCCGACUUUGUGUUACGAGCUCAACUUCCCUCGAUCUCCUAAGAUUCGCAUUCAGUUCCUGCUAAGGAGGCUGUUUGAGAUGCUGUUUUUCAUCCAGCUUUUAGUUUUUCUCACCCAACAGUGGAUGGUCCCCAUCAUUCAAAGCUCAAUGAAGCCUCUUGAAGACAUGGAUCUGUCCCUGAUGACUGAGAGACUUUUACGAUUAGCUGUCCCUAAUCACUUGUUGUGGCUGAUGUUUUUCUACUGGUUCUUCCACUCAACUAUGAAUUUCACAGCCGAGCUGCUGCGCUUCGGAGACAGACAGUUUUACAAUGACUGGUGGAAUUCUGAGUCGGUGACUUAUUUCUGGCAGAACUGGAACAUUCCUGUACACAAGUGGUGUCUCCGUCAUUUCUACAAGCCUCUGCUGAGAAAAGGAUUCAGUAAAAUGUUCAGCCAGUCAGCUGUCUUCUUCCUGUCAGCGUUCUUCCAUGAGUACCUGGUCAGUGUCCCCCUCAGGAUGUUCAGACUCUGGGCUUUCACAGGCAUGAUGGCACAGCUUCCAUUAGCAUGGCUUGUUGGCCGCUUCCUGCGAGGUAACUACGGCAACGCUGCAGUGUGGAUCUCCAUCAUCAUUGGCCAGCCAUUUGCUGUUUUGAUGUACGUCCACGACUACUACGUGAUGAACUACGGCGAUGGAGUAGAAUAAUACACACACACAAACCAGUGGAGCUCAGACCUUGUUUUUUUUUUUUUUUUUUCCUGAUCUCCUCCCUCUGACUCUCCUGGAUGAACAAAGACAUAAACGGUACUAAAUACACAGCCAGUAACUGAUGUCUCAGUCUACAUGUCAAGAUAAUCUCAGAAGAUUUUUUUUUUUUUUUUAUGAUUAUGUCAUGUUUACGUAAAACGUCUUGUAAACUUAACAGAUGACAAAAUAUUUAAUAAUAUAUUAAUCAUGAAGUACCACUCUAACUAUAGCAGAGCCAUAGAAAAACUGCUAACUGCAGCUUUAUACUCAGGUGAUCGGUACUUUAGUGUCUUAUUAGAACGUAUGAUUGUGAGUAGGGGCUGAAACCUCUAGUGAAUGCAGAACUUAUAUGUCAGUGCAAGAAGAUAGCAUUUUGCUUACUUCUUUAUGAUGUUAAUUCAAUUUUCUGACUUUGUGAACAGAUUGUAUAAUUACUGAGGAAAAUGUAUUUCCAUCUAUCCAUCUAUUGUGAGGAGGAAUGAUUGUAUGGGGGAGGAUUCUGUUGUCUUUUUGUUUUAGGGUUUUUUUUCACCAGUUGCUGUAAAGUCAACAUUACUGUAAGAACUGUUGACUAUGAGAUUUUUUUUUAUUAUUAUUACCUAAAGUGCCAUCUGAAAACAUGUGUAGUUUAUUAAAAGUUAUGAUGCAUUAAUCUUUGUGGGCGAUUGCCAAGUGUCAUAUUUUUAAACAAUGUCAUAUGAAAUAAAUCUGUAAAGAAACUGGA